AUGGACUAUUCGUACGACGAGGACCUGGACGAGCUGUGCCCCGUGUGUGGGGACAAGGUGUCCGGCUACCACUACGGGCUGCUCACAUGCGAGAGCUGCAAGGGCUUCUUCAAGCGCACAGUGCAGAACAACAAGCACUACACGUGCACCGAGAGCCAGAGCUGCAAGAUCGACAAGACGCAGCGCAAGCGCUGUCCCUUCUGCCGCUUCCAGAAGUGCCUGACGGUGGGGAUGCGCCUGGAAGCCGUGCGUGCUGACCGCAUGCGGGGUGGCCGGAACAAGUUUGGGCCCAUGUACAAGCGGGACCGGGCCCUGAAGCAGCAAAAGAAGGCACAGAUUCGAGCCAAUGGCUUCAAGCUGGAGACAGGCCCCCCAAUGGGGGUACCCCCUCCGCCCCCUCCCCCACCGGACUACAUGCUGCCCCCCGGCCUGCAUGUGCCUGAGCCCAAGGGCCUGGCCUCUGGUCCACCUGCUGGGCCACUGGGCGACUUUGGGGCCCCAGCCCUGCCCAUGGCCGUGCCCAGCACCAACGGGCCCCUGGCUGGCUACCUCUAUCCUGCCUUCCCUGGCCGUGCCAUCAAGUCUGAGUACCCGGAGCCCUACGCCAGCCCUCCGCAGCCUGGGCCACCCUAUGGCUACCCAGAGCCCUUCUCCGGGGGGCCUGGCGUGCCCGAGCUCAUCCUGCAGCUGUUGCAGCUGGAGCCGGACGAGGACCAGGUUCGGGCGCGCAUCAUCGGCUGCCUGCAGGAACCAGCCAAAGGCCGCCCCGACCAGCCUGCGUCCUUCAACCUCCUGUGCAGGAUGGCCGACCAGACCUUCAUCUCCAUCGUGGACUGGGCACGCAGGUGCAUGGUCUUCAAGGAGUUGGAGGUGGCCGACCAGAUGACCCUGCUGCAGAACUGCUGGAGCGAGCUGCUGGUGUUCGACCAUAUCUACCGCCAGGUCCAGCACGGCAAGGAGGGCAGCAUCCUGCUGGUCACCGGGCAGGAGGUGGAGCUGACCACGGUGGCGGCCCAGGCCGGCUCGCUGCUGCAUGGGCUGGUGCUGCGGGCCCAGGAGCUGGUUCUGCAGAUGCACGCGCUGCAGCUGGACCGCCAGGAGUUUGUCUGCCUCAAGUUCCUCAUCCUCUUCAGCCUAGAUGUGAAGUUCUUGAAUAACCACAGCCUGGUGAAGGAUGCUCAGGAGAAGGCCAAUACCGCCCUGCUUGAUUACACCCUGUGCCACUACCCGCACUGCGGGGACAAGUUCCAGCAGCUGCUGCUGUGCCUGGUGGAGGUGCGGGCACUGAGCAUGCAGGCCAAGGAAUACCUGUACCACAAGCACCUGGGCAACGAGAUGCCCCGCAACAACCUGCUCAUCGAGAUGCUGCAAGCCAAGCAGACUUGA